AUGAAUACUGCGAAAAUUGAUUCUUCUUUCUUGUCUAAGUUGCGAGUGAUUUUUGAAUACGAGUUCCGACGCGGAAGUAACGCGGUAGAAACAGCCUGCAUUAUCAACGUUGCGUUUGGAGAGGGGUCUGUUAAUGAACGCACCGUGCGAUUUUGGUUUAUACGCUUUCGUGAUGGAAACUUCUACUUGAAUAACGAGCCACAAGGAAGAACGCUCACACAGCUUGGUGUCAUUAUUCACUAUGGUUUUCUCCUAUCUGAUGAAGCAAUAACGGUAGAUGUCUUUUGUGUCGAAUUCCGAACAAUGUUGGCCAAACUAGCAGUAAAACAACCCCGACUCAUGAAUCGAUCUUCACCAUUAUUGCUCUAUGACAACAAUAUUAUUAAUGUUGCCGCCAUGUCAUACGGUCACAAUGAGGGUCCGGUCUAUUACAGAGAGAUACAGAAGAAUGCAUACCUCAAACGGAUACCGAAUGAAACAACCGGUAGUAAACUUAUACCACUGGGACACAAGAAACCGCCUUUGAAACCCAUGUGGACACAAUUCUGCGUACACAAUGGUCGGGCCCCGUACCUCGAGCAGUAUCCGUUGGCGGAGAGUCCUGCUGCGCUCUCGCAUAAGCCAGUCUGGAGGGCCUGCUUGAAGACAGCGAGGCAUGUGACAGCUAGUGUCAAACCUCACACCGGGAAGGAGUAUGAUUUCCUAGUAGAUACCGAUGAUGGGCCUGUUAGGAUGCUCGCACCUGAUUGGGAGACUAUGCAAGACUGGGUGUCUACCCUCCGUAGUAAAUUACAUGAGUUACGUGUGUUAUCGUGUGGCGAAAACGUAUAUGCUCCUCCCCCUGCGCCGCCCCCGCCCCGCGCCGCCGCCCGCGACCCCACCAGCCCUCUACCGCCUACGCCUAGAGAACCACCAGACAGAGUACCGGGUAUAGAAUUGACGACACCUACGCCCGUGGCGUCUUCCCGACCGGAACCGGAUAUAGAACCGGCACCGCAACCGGAACAACCGGUUCUGCAGGAACCGGUUCAACAGGAGAUAGACAUCUCUAACUGGGAAGACGCCACGCCCGGCACCAGUCAAGAGGCUCAAGUGGAAGUUAGAAGCACAAUAAGUAAUAGGAGUGUCGCGAAAAUUUGCGGUCAGAAUAUUUGUUUGGAUGAUUCCAUUUUGAAACGUAAUCGCGUUAACACGGACAGUGAUGAGGAGUUUUUCAAUGAAAUAGAUAGAAUAAGUGAUUCAGUGGAAAAUAUAGACUUUGAUUAUAAACAGACUGUACUUGUUACUGAUAAUACGACAGCUUCGAACGACAGAGAAAUCAAUGGAGAAGAUCGCGUUAGCAACGUAACAGUGAUCCAAGUGUCGAAUAAAGAUCCCCCCCACACGGCUAUACCGGUAAUGGGUACAGAGGUGGACGUAUUCAAUUUCGACUUCGCCCACAAUCCGGAGACCAGUUUCGUCAACAUAGUCAACACUGGGGACGAUCAAAACAACAAGUACGGCACCGUUUUCACAGAAGAAUCUGACUACGGGCACAUCAGUUUGACCACGACCGUCAACGUCACGAGGGACGACACAGUCGCGUCUGUCAAAGUGACAGAUGUCAGCGUGACGUCUGUCAAUGCGGCGGACGCUAAUGGCGCGUACGAGCGGCUUUGUCUAGCGUCGACUUCGAAUGAAACGCCAGUGAAUAGAGUGAAGAACGCGGAAAGAUCUAGAAAAUCGUCUUUGCCUAAUUUGGAGAGUUCGAACACUGAAUCGACUUAUGAGUGUCUGUUUCCGAGUGAAAGUGUCAGUAGUAGUGCAGUGACGGUUAUCGAUAGGAGUGUUGAGGUUCCAAAUGGUGAGAGAAAUCGUGUAGCUCCAGUGAAUGCUAGUUUGAACUCUAAUUCUAGAGUGAUAAGGUGUAAUGUUGAGAGGUCUCAUAGCCAGAACACUUAUGAUGCGUCUCCUAGAAUGAGGGAGCACCUUUAUAGAAGAGUGCAGAAUCAUAGUCCGAAGAGAGAAGGAAAAUGUGAUAAAUCGGAGUCUACACAAGCUAAACCUAUUUGGAAGAGGGGUCUAACAGAGUUGUCUUUAUUGACUCGGCUACGAGGCAUCGGGCACGGCAAGAGGCAUGAAAGUCCUACGAGACAAGAAACAGACUCCACAGAAAGAGGAGUUAUAUCUCCGGUGAAAGUGCGCAGAUCUCGUCAAGAAGCACUAGCUGAUAAUAAUAACGCAAGAAGGAGAAGCAGCAGUCUAACUAAUGGGCGGGGUGGGACAGGGGUAGGCGGGGCGGGGGGCGGUCUCAUCCCCCUCCGGCGCGGGCAGGCGCUCGCGCUGGAGGCGGAUCAGCAGCGUCGCGCCGUCAUCCCCACCGCCGCGCCCAAACAUCGCCCCCCCCUCCUCGCCGAGUAUGAUAACCACAUAUGGAUAGCGUGGUGGGGUACUGGAGGGGCGCGAUGUAGCGGCAGAGGGGGGGAUCGUUUGGUCGCAGUUCGCGGUACACAACCGCGGGAUUUACAACAUGCCAAACAUCUAAUAAACAGUUGCCCGACGCCUCUAAUAGACAUACUGUUCCAUCGGGUACCUUUAGGAAAAAUAUUCGUAAUAAACAAGAGGAACCAAGAAAGUAUAGGUAUAAAAUUGGAUGGUGAGUGCAAUAUAGUGAGUGUUGAGCGUGGGGCUCCGGCUGCCAGGUGUGGGAUUCCACCGCCGGGUCAGUGGGCCCUCACCGAAGUCAACAAUAGACCGCUCAAUUUACUCAAGGGUGGGCAAGAAGAAUUGCAUAGGAUAAGUUUACACGGCACCGAAGUGUCAGUUUUGCUGCAACCUUCGCCUCUAGUCAAGAAACUACGUGCAUCUAUCAAGGCAAACAAGAAUCUACUGUCCAUAAGAUAA